AUGGGUAAGCACGAGAAGAAGGCGGGUAAGGGCCGUCUGGAUAAAUUCUACUGGCUCGCCAAGGAGCAAGGGUAUCGCUCUCGUGCUGCUUUCAAGCUGGUACAACUCAACAAAAAGUACAAUUUUUUAGAAAAUGCUCAUUGUUGUAUCGACUUGUGUGCCGCGCCAGGCGGUUGGCUCCAAGUGGCCAGUAAGCACAUGCCGCCGAACAGCUUGAUUCUGGGUGUGGAUCUGGUUCCCAUCAAGCCGAUACCUCGCUGUAUUACCUUUGCAGAAGAUAUCAACUCAUAUCGAUGUCGUGACCAGCUCAGGGAGCACAUGAAAGAUUGGAAGGCUGAUGUGGUGCUUCAUGACGGUGCGCCUAAUGUCGGUACUGCUUGGGUGCAGGAUGCUUAUGCUCAAAAUGAGCUGACCUUGCAGUCACUCCGUCUUGCGGUCGAAUUCCUCGUGCCUGGUGGCGCAUUCGUCACCAAGGUAUUCCGCUCCAAAGACUAUAAUAAUCUUAUGUGGGUAUUUCAGCAGCUGUUCCAUCACGUUGAAGCAACCAAGCCUCCAUCUUCACGUAAUGUAUCAGCUGAGAUCUUCGUUGUUUGUCAGCGCUUUAAGAACCUCGCGCGCAUCGAUCCCAAGUUCCUUGACCCCCGCUACGUUUUCAAAGAACUCGAUCCCACUGGCAAGGACAUGCUCGGUUCCAGCUCACGUAACCUGUUGGAAAAUGUCGUAAACCCUGAAAAAAGCCGUCGUAAACGCGAUGGUUAUGAGGAUGGCAACUAUACCCUGUACAAAACCAUUAGUGCCGACGAUUACAUUCGUGCCGACGAUGCAGUGGCUGUACUCGGCACAUAUAAUCGGAUCACCUUUGAUAGUGAUGCUGACAAGGCACACCUCAAACAUCCCUCUACUAACGAUGAUGUCAAGGCGAACUGCGAAGACUUGAAGGUACUUGGUCGUCGCGACUUCUCUGUCCUGAUGAAGUGGCGCAAGAUGAUUCGUGAGUCGCUUGAACUGGACAAACUCCCCGUCAAAGAUAAUGCGACCAAUGUCACAGUGGAGAUGGAGCCGAUGAAUGAGGAAGAUGCUAUUGACGAAGAGCUUGCACGUUUAAAUGAAGUGGCUUCCAAGCGUGCCCGCAAAGAACGCCGUAGGCGUAACGAAGCGCGCGCCAAGGCCGUUCAGAAGCUUCAGCUCAACAUGACAACACCUAUGGAUUUGGGUGAAGAGUGGCAAGAUCGGGCUUUAGAAGGAGAGGAUAUGUUCUCGUUGGAUGCUGUAGACAAUGCGCGUCAUCGUGAUUCUACAACUCUGCUCGAUGCUGACGAGGCUCCUAGUAGUGACGACGAAGACGACGAAGAAACUCCAGAAGAUGACUCAGAGGAAGACCUGGAUGACCGUGAACGGCGUUUGAAUGAACUUGAGUCUGGUAUGGACCACAUGUACCAGCAGUACCAAGAGCACCUUCAACGUCGUGAUUCGAAGCAUCUUGCGAAAGAAGCGCGUCGAAAGUCAUCUAAGUAUGAGGAAUGGAACGGUAUUUCUUCAAAACCUGAAGGCGUUUCUGAUGAAAGUGACGACGAAAAUGUGGCCAAGGGCUUUGAUGCUGCCAUUAGGCGCAAAUACCACGAAGAAACUUAUGAUUCUGAUGAUGCUGAGGAUGAUGAAAUCGAGCGCGAAGAACUACGGGAAAAGGUCGCAUCUCGACAAAAGGCGCGCCAGUCUACGGAUCAUGAUGAUGAUGUUUAUGCGACAGUUGACACUACUCGCGUGCCGAAACAAAGCGCUGCUUCAGCUAUGUGGUUUGAUAACCCUAUCUUUCAGGAUAUGGUACCGCUUGAAUCCCUUGCGCCUAAACCCAAGGCAAGUGUUCAAGUCCCGACACCUGUGGAAGAUGACGACGAAGAGAAGGAAGAAGAAGAUGACAUGGAGCUUGUGCCAUCGAAUCAACUCGACACAAUCCCUGAGCAAGAAUGGAGCGUACAUGAUGAAGACCAAGUUGCCAAAAACCAAGCCAAAGUCAAUGACUAUGGUUUACAGACGGCAGAAGCUGUAUCUAUGGCUCACGCUCUCGUAAACAGGCAAAUGACCAAGACGGACCUUGUGAAUCAAGGAUUCAACCGCCACAGUUUCAAUGAUAAGUCGGGUCUCCCGGAAUGGUUCUUGGAGGAUGAAAACAAACACUACCGCUCAAAUAUGCCGCUCUCAAAAGAAGCCGUCGAGGCACUUCGUGCGCGUCAGCGUGCGCUGGAUGCACGUCCUAUUAAGAAAGUGGCUGAAGCCAAGGCUCGCAAGAAGCAUCGCGCAGCUUUGCGCCUCGAGCGUGCGCAAAAGAAAGCUGAUGCCAUCAACGAAAAUGCCGAUCUGACUGAACGCGAGAAGGCGGAGAAUAUUAGCAAGAUUAUGGCUCGCUCUGGCAAGAAGACGCAAAAGCAGGCACCACAGCUUGUCGUGGCCCGCGGUCCGAACCGUGGUAUCAAAGGUCGUCCAACGGGCACCAAGGGUCGCUACCGCAUGGUUGACCGACGCAUGAAAAAGGAACUCCGCGCGCAAAAGCGUAUCGACAAGCGGGACGGUAAGAAGCGCAGUUCAUCGCAUCAUAAACGACAGAUUCCAAAAGGAUACUGA